UCUAAGAACGGAAAGGAAAGAAGAAGAAAUAAAUAAGAAAAGGGAAACCAACCCAACCUAAUAUAUAGAUUUGUCUUGGGAAAUAUCAAAGUGUUCAAAAGAGAAGUGCUUAGAGGGUGACCGUUCGUCAUGGAGAAGAUCACGGACAAGAUAGCCGCUUUGCCGGCAGACUCGAGUUAUUUCUCGCUCGAAUUCUUCCCUCCGAAGACCGCCAUGGGAUUCUCGAAUCUACGCGACCGUCUUGAUCGAAUGGCACGAGCAUUGCGACCCCUAUUCGUAAACGUAACGUGGGGUGCCGGUGGAUCUACCGCUACUAAGUCUCUCGAGCUAGCUGAGAUAUGUCAGAGGGAAUUGAAUCUGACAACAUGUCUACACUUGACAUGUACGAAUAUGAGCCGGAAGCUAAUUGAUAGGGCGCUGGAAGACGCAAAGGUGUUGGGUAUUAGGAACAUCUUGGCCUUAAGAGGUGAUCCCCCAAGAGCUGCGGAAUAUCGGGAUCCAAACGAAAAUCCGGAGGAUGCCAUAGAUGAAGACUUCACGUGGGCGAUCGACUUGGUCAGAUACAUAAGAAAGACUCACGGCGACUACUUCUGCAUCGGCGUCGCAGCUUAUCCCGAAGGCCAUGCCGACGAAAGCCAUCCUUUAGGCCAGAGUCUGGAACAUGAUCUUCCCUACCUUGUCGACAAGACUCAGGCCGGCGCCGAUUUCCUCAUGACUCAACUUUUCUUCGACACGGAUGCUUAUGACAACUUUGAGCGGACCCUAAGGGAACACCCUAGCGGCACCUUCAAAACAAUCCCCAUUAUUCCGGGAUUAAUGCCUAUACAGAGUUAUCAGAUGAUCAAGAGGACGACGAAGCUUAGCCACGCUAAGAUACCUGAUGCGAUAAUGUCACGGCUCGACGAUGUGAGGAAGGACGAUGAGAAGGUGAAAAACGUCGGCGUGGACAUCCUUUGCGAAAUCGUCGACAAGGUCAAGGAGCUUACAAGUAGAACGCCUGGUCCUACGGGUUUCCACUUUUACACUCUCAACCUCGAGAAAGCUGUAUCAUUCAUCGUUGAGAGGACGAAUCUCAUACCUCCCAGUACCCCCAUAUCAGAGGAGGAAGAUGCCGUCGUCGAGGACAUCACCUCCAGGAUCCCAACCCUCCAGGUCAACGGCUCAGACCACGACCGCCUCUCCCAACCCCGCGACACCUCCCGAAGCCGCAGACAGUCCAACGUCGGCUCAGAACCGCGCAACCGAGUGAUCAUCUCGGGGCGAUCCGUCUCGCACCCCGAAUACGAAGCCACAUCUGCCGAGGCCAGCAUCCCCGCGGAGCCGAUCAACAGCCGCGCCAACACGCUCGCCAUCUCCGAAGGGGAAGGCGUCCUAGGCCGCGAAGCCACGUGGGACGACUUCCCCAAUGGCCGAUGGGGCGACGCCCGCUCGCCCGCGUACGGCGAGAUAGACGGCUACGGGCCCAGCCUGCACGUUUCGCACGCGCAAGCCGUCAGCCUCUGGGGCAACCCUAAGAAGCUCUCCGACAUCAACGACCUCUUCGUGCGCCACCUGUCCGGCGAACUCUCCGCCAUCCCCUGGAGCGAGGAGGAGUUCAACGAGGAGACCAGCACCAUCACUGCCCACCUCAUCCAACUGAACCGGAGGGGCUGGUGGACUGUCGCCUCCCAGCCCGCCGUCAACGGCCUUAGGUCGUCCGACCCGGUCUUUGGCUGGGGCCCCCAGCACGGCUUCGUCUUCCAGAAGGCGUUCGUCGAGUUCUUCGUGCCGUCGGCGCAGUGGAAGGUCCUGCUCGACAAGCUCCGGAGCCCGCAGGUCGCCGGCCAGGUCACUUUCUACGCGGCCAACGCCGCGGGCGAUUUCAUCUCGUCCGACCUGACGGGCGGCGCCGUCGCAGCCGGCGAGCUCCAGGAGUCCAGCACGAAUGCGGUGACGUGGGGCGUGUUCCCCGGGAAGGAGAUCAUCACGCCGACUAUCAUAGAAGAGGUCAGUUUCCGGGCGUGGAGCGAGGAGGCCUACGGCAUCUUCGCCGAGUGGGCGCAGGUCUACGGGAAGGGUUCGGAGAGCGAAAAAUUACUGGAGGACGCGAGGGCCGACUCGUGGCUCGUGAAUAUCAUACACCACGACUACGUCGACAAAGACGCCCUGUGGAACCUGUUACUGAACUAGAAUAUUCACGCAAGAAAAAAAGAAAGAAAAUAGUAAAAUAGAAUAAGGGGUGGGGGGAAAUCAACGGUAGUAUUUUCGGACGAAACUUGACUAUCUACUAGAGUAUCAGGUAGCCAGAGUUGCUGACAAACUAUCUAAUUCAUCCGCAGCCCUUAUGAAGAAAGUCCUGAGAUUUCAUCGCGAAUCCGGAAAAGUAGUGCAAAAGCGAAGAAAAAAAAGGAAAUGUUUUGGUCAGGUUUCGAUGUAGCAUCCAGUUGCCCGUGUACCUGAGUCAAGAAGAGUGAAGCCAGAGAUCACCUAUGGGGCUGUGCGAAACUUGCCCGUAGGUAUAUCAGAGUGUAUGCAAAAGCAUGA